GAGAUUGGGCUGUUUCUUCACUGAUACCUGUCCCUUCACACUUCUAUAAUUUAACUCUCUCAACUGCAGGUGAAAGAUCGCUGGAGAUGACUGAGAGUGUUAUUUAUUCUAUGAUAGAGUUGCCUACUGCAACCCAAGCCCAGAAUGACUACGGACCACAGCAAAAAUCUUCUUCUUCCAGGCCUUCUCGUUCUUGCCUUGUGGCAAUAGCUUUGGGGCUUCUGACUGCAGUUCUUAUGAGUGUGCUACUACACCAGUGGAUCCCGUACCAGGGCUCCAACUACUCCACUUUCGCCAGCUGUCCUAGCUGUCCAGACCUCUGGAUGAGAUAUGGUAACCAUUGUUACUAUUUCUCAGUGGAGAAAAAGGACUGGAAUUCUAGUCUGCAAUUCUGCCUAGCCAGAGAUUCACAACUCCUUAUCAUAACGAGCAACGAGGACAUGAGCCUGGUCCAGGGUUUCCUCAGUGAAGCCUUUUGGUGGAUCGGACUGAGGAACAAUUCUGGCUGGAGGUGGGAAGAUGGAUCACCUCUAAACUUCUCAAGGAUUUCUUUUAAUAGUUUAGUGCAGACAUGUGGUGCCAUCAACAAAGAUCUUCUUCAGGCCUCAAGCUGUGAAGUUCUUUUACAGUGGGUGUGUAAGAAGGUCAGACAUUGAUGGAUGGCCACUCGUCCUGACCCUUGGAUCUGUCAUGGAGCCCUAAAAGGACGGAGCCGGCCACCGGAUGUUGGGAAAGCCAUGAGCAUAUGGUUAGCAAAUACUGGACUUUCUCAGAUAUGGCAUUACAUGCAAGACAUCCUCCUAGGGAUUGAUGCCUAACUGAUGGAUUCUCUUGGAGACUAUUUAGAUAUGUGAACAAUUUAAAGACCAGAUCUAAGCAAACUUUUGAAAUAGAUAAGUUUGUUUUUUGUAUUUCUCAGUAUGCCAACUAAUGUUGCUGCCUUCAUCCCCUGCCCAACCAUCUCUGUCAAAAAUACAUCUUUUUC